UAUAUUUUCUCCUACUUUCAUUUGAUUUUCAUGUCACUUUCUAGAUCAUUUACUUCACUCAGCUCUCCUUUCUCUUUCAGACUAUCAAACACCAUUCCUCUUAUUCUAUCCUUUCCCUUUUCUAUUGUAAUUUCAUGAUAUGGGUUUUACUUUGCUAGACCUGGGUAUUAUUAUUUUCAUGUUUUUUGAUUGGUUAUGCUUUUGUCUUCAUCAACAACUCAAAUGUGAAGUUCCAACUUCAUUCAAUUUGGGGUUUAUGGGUUGAUGGGGUCUUAAUUUCCAGCUCCCAUUUGUAUGAUAAUUAUUUUUUUUUCGUAUUUUAUCUCAAUUUUUUCAGUUUUAAAUUGGGUUUAAGGGUUUUGGGGUUUUCCCCUCCAACAAUAAUACUGUUUUGUGAUUUUAAUUUUGUAUUCUAAUUUCCUUCAUUUCAUUGUCCCAUUCUUGCCUUUUCACUUGCUGCUAGUGUUGCAUUUAUUGAGAUUAUAGGUUUUAAUCUGGGGAAAAAUGUAAAUCAUGGCUGCGUCAUUGCUUCACUGAAUUUGGCAACCUGCACCUGUUUUUAUUACAUCCAGGCAUAUUGGGGUGAUGAGAAUAAUGACAAAUGGAGUUGAAGAUAAUAAAAGGUCAAAAGGCCAUCAGGAUUCACCAGCAAUUGAAGAAGCUAGUAACGGUCCUUUGAAGAAAGGCCCAUGGACCUCAACAGAAGAUGCUAUUUUGGUUGACUAUGUAACUAAGCAUGGAGAGGGAAAUUGGAAUGCUGUGCAGAAGCAUUCAGGGCUCUCUCGUUGUGGAAAAAGCUGCCGUCUGCGAUGGGCAAAUCACCUUCGACCAGAUUUAAAGAAGGGUGCAUUCACUAUAGAGGAAGAGAGACGUAUAAUUGAACUCCAUGCUAGUAUGGGAAACAAAUGGGCAAGGAUGGCUGCGGAGCUGCCUGGACGCACGGAUAAUGAGAUAAAGAAUUACUGGAAUACGAGAAUAAAAAGACUGCAACGUGCUGGUUUGCCAAUUUAUCCUCGAGAAGUAUGCCAGCAAGUAUUAAAUGGAAGUCAGGAAAGUCAAAACACAGGCACACUGCAAACUACAGACACACAUGGUUCUAAUCUGAUCCAGAUGGACCAUUUUAAGAUUCCAGAAGUGGAAUUCGAGAAAUUAGAAAUCAAUCAAGUUCUUCUGUCUUAUUCACCAACAGUCCUUGAUAUUCCUGCAAGCAACAUGCUGAAACAAGGUCUCACCAAUGUUGGAGAGACCAAUGUUGGCGUUACUCAAGCCUUCUGUCUUACUCAAGCCGACAUUCUCGUUUCCACUUCGUACACCCCUGUUCACAUGGUUGUAGAUUCCUCCCAUAAUAAUAACUUUAUGUUUCCAACUAUUCAUCCUCACAAACGCCUUCGAGAAUUGCAGACCGUAUUCCCUAGUCUGGAUGGUAGUGUCGAUAGUGAUCUCUCAUCUUUCAUUCAGUCAACAGAUUAUUAUUCUGAAAAGAUCACUGGAUCUUUUCAUAUCUCUUCGGAGUAUGAUUCUCUUAUGAACACCUAUGGCCAGCCACCAUUGGGUGUCGUUCGUGGCAGUCAUGCCCUAUUAAAUGACAGUAAUUCUUCUUCUUCUGAGCCCUUAUGUGGGCUUAUGAAGUUGGAGCUCCCUUCACUCCAAUAUUCAGACCCUCAGCAAGGUAGCUGGGGAACACCUACUUCCCCAUUGCCUUCAGUUGAGUCUGUUGAUACUUUGAUUCAGUCUCCUGCAGCAGAGCAGACCCAGUUGGAUUGUCUUUCACCACGAAGUAGUGGUCUAUUGGAAGCAGUACUCUAUGAAUCAGGGACUUGGAAAAACUCAAAGAAAUGCUCAAAUCACCAAACUUCCUUUGCGUGUAGUGAUUUAGAGGAUUGCUCCUUGAAUCCUUAUGAGACAGAAUGGAAAAUACAUGGGGACCCAAACUCUCCCUUAGGUCAUUCUGCUGCAUCAGUGUUGAGUGCAUGUACUCGUAUCAGUGGAAGCUCAUCAGAUGAACCAGGUGAGAAUAUUUUACGCUGCACAGCUUCCAGGAGUUCCUUGUUAGUUAUGUUUGAUGUAGGAGGUGACUUUAUUUUGUAUUGCAAGAACUUUCUGGUACUUGUGUUUCAUAUAGGAUUUGAUCUUAAGCAAGAAACAGGCAAUCUGCAGGUUUCACCCCAAUACAUUGAAGACAAAGAAGCUCCCAAUCAGAUUGAGUUUAUGAGGCCAGACGUUUUACUCGGUUCAGGCUGGUUUGGGUUCGGCGGUGGAUGUGUUGAUGAUGCAGUGGGGGCGUCAUUUGGUGAUGCUGUCAACAGAGAACACUAGCCAAUGGAUAUGUUGAGAAUUUUAAUCAAGAUUGCAACUGAGAUUCAAUAUUGAUUCAGUCAAGAAGAUUCAAUUCAAGAUUUUAUAAGUUAGAAAGUUUAAGAGCUGUAAUUGUUUAGAAAUUAUAUUAUCAUUAUUAUUUUUUAUAUAAUUUUAUUUUUUUCUG